AUGGUCUCCACGCGACAUCAUCCGCGCGAAUUCCCCUCGCCUGAAAAGGCUGCCAAGGAGCUUGUCAAAUCAUCGCCGGCGCCGACAACUAACGGUACCUCUCGAAAAUGGGUGCACACUCCCUCCGCUGCUCUGACCAUCUGGCUGGUCGUGUCACUGCCCCUGGUCGCCUGGGAUGCGGCAUGCCAGGAGGCCGAUUGCACUCCCCAAUCUGGACCCCCCUAUGCGCUUUACGGCACAGUCGACUACAUCUACGGCUGGCCUGCCUAUAAUGCGCGCAAUGGCUUCACCGCUGCGCAGACCGUCAUGAACAUUGUGGAGACGCUUGGCUACCUCUACUAUCUGUACAUUGUCUAUGCGCACGGCGCCACCAUAACCAGUGGUCGCGGCGCGCAGAAGCAGCGGACAAAGGGCUUGUUGUGGCUACUGGCGGGCGAAAAAGUCGUCGCUGGCAAGACUGGCGCAACCGCGCUUCUCGUCGCAUAUACCGCUUCUGUGAUGACUCUGAGCAAGACGCUCUUAUAUUGGUUCAACGAGUUCUUCUCCGGCUUUGAUAACAUUGGCCAUAAUGAUGCCGCCACCUUGAUCUUCCUGUGGAUCAUUCCAAAUGGUCUCUGGAUUGUCUUCCCUACCUAUAGUGUCUAUACCCUUGGUGCGGAGAUUCUUAACUCCCUCGAGCAGGCGACUUCGCGUGGUAAGCCCGGGCGCCCCAAGGCGAUAUAA